UAACAUUUUCUCUCUUAAGCUAUCUUGGACUUUGAGAAAUUUGGUAAAACAUUCCUAUAUAAACACAUAUAAAAUAUUUAUCUUUCGUCUCUACUCCAUCCCUCCAAGAUUCAGAAAUUCUCAGCGAAUAUUCUCAUAUUCUUUUGGCAGCCUAUGGAUUUCCAUAAGUUGAGGAAGGAUCUAUUCUCCCUGUGACAAGACCCAGUUGGAGGCCGUGCAGCUUGGGCCAGGACACAGCCAGGGACAGGAGCGGAGAGAGGAAACUGUGACAUGUGUUCUGGGCAGGGUGAGGUUUUGGAACUUUUUCUACGAGGGACAGAGUGCACGCUGCGGCAUUUCCUAACCGUGAGGCCGGUGUGCAGGCAGCGGCACCGGAGCAAGCAGUCACCAUGCGGCUGCUCCUGGCUCUUGCCCUCCUCCUGGGUUUGGAUUCUUCAGUGCAAGGUUGUCCUGUGCGGAGAGCCGGGUACCAGUGGCUAGGCCGCAGUCCUGACGGUAAUUUUGCAAGCUGCAUUGAUGAGAAGGGACUGACAUUCAGCCUACUUCCCGGUGAAUCCAACAGAAUCCUUCCUCCAAGGACCGACCCUGCCUCAAUGACAAGGUCCCAGAACUUGAAUGGUGUCUUCCCUCUUUCUGAGAGCUAUUUUGGAUCCGGAUCUGGCUCUGGAUCCGGAUCUAGAAGUGGCUUCUUCACUGAAAUUGAACAGGAAUACCAAGCAGUUGAUGAAAACAAUGCUUUUUAUUACAACUUUAGGCCUCUCAAGAGAAAUCGGCCAUCGGACAGCCGGGACUUGGGUCAAGAUGGACGAGAAGAGGAUUUUAUUAUAUAAAAGAGAGGGUUUCCUAUCUUGGUGUCAGGCAAUGCAUUCUGUAUAUUU